UUAUUCAAAAUAUAAAAUUAGGAUCUUUGUUUCACUCAAAUUCAAUUGGACAUGGAUUACAUAGAAAACAUUUGCCGGAUCUGUUUGGGUGGUGGAAGCAUGGAUAUCGACUUUCUGCUGGUUAACAUCUUUGAGUCUCAGAAUGACAUUUCAAGCCCGGAAUUCUCAAUAGCCGAAUUACUGCAGACUAUCUGUGGAUUGGAGUUAUCUGAGGAUGACUUCUAUCCGAAAAACAUCUGCUCGAUGUGCCUUUCGCGCUUGGAAGAAGCUUACAGACUUCGUCAGCAGUCUCAACAAUCGCAGGAAGCUCUAUACGAUAUGCUGUUUACCAAGACAGCCACUUCUGAGCUGGCUUUCGAGGUGAAUGUUGAAGAGCUGGACGACGGAAGAUUGUAUGAAGUAGAAUAUUUGGAUGAACAAGAAUCAUUGCUGUUGGAAAUAGACGUAGACGAUCAGAGUGAUGUCAAGAUCGAGGACGUACUGUCGGAGCAAGUUAUCGAUCACACAAACCAUCAGAAGGUGCUCUGCUGUGGUUGUGAUGCGGCCUUUGAAACGGAACGCCAAUUGAGGAAGCAUUCUUUUAGUAAGCACCGUCCUCGAGGGGAUACGGAUAUAUCAGAGGGAAAAGUUCAUUGCCACGUAUGUUAUGCACUAUUCUCAAAUGAAUACAAAUUAGAUAUCCAUAGAGCAGGGAAACAUAAUGUGCCGCCAUUGAAGAAGUGCAAGUUCUGUGGAUGUAACUUUUUCUCAUCGAAUGGACUGCUGCAGCAUAAGAGGACUUUUCAUGAGGACAGAAUGUACAAAUGCUGUGGAUGUAGAUUUUCUUGCUUCGAAAAGGAGGAGCUCCUCUGCCAUUCCGUCAAUCAUAGAAGUGAAUCUAUUGAAAAUUACGAAGACAGGCCUUACCAGUGCGUGAUUUGCUUGUCGCGGUUCCAAACGCUACAAGAGAGGCGAACACAUGAGCGCUUUCCGUACAGGAUGCUUAGUGCAAGGCAGGAAGAAAAGGACGAGGAAGUAACCGUAACAGUUUUGAGGUGUUGCGGUUGCGCUAAAGUGUUUUCGUUGAUGAGUGAAUUGAACUCUCAUCAGGAAGAGAUCCAUUUGCCGCAGAGAAUUGAUUGCCUAGAGGAAAUGCCAAUUGAAUGCGGAGGAUGCUACAAACGGUUUAAAAAUAAUUCCUUCCUUAAUAAGCAUCUCCGGCGAGCUGCAGAUAAGAAGCUUUAUGCGUGUAGCAAAUGUAGUGUAGCGCGUCGUACGCUCAAGGAGCUGAUUGAACAUGAAGCGACUCACACUGGACAAAGCGCAUUUAUUUGCUGUGGAUGCCGGAAGCGAUUCGAAUCACAACAUGCCUUGGAGCAACAUUCGAUAGAAGAACAUGCAAAUCGGCCGAAGGUCUACUAUAACGACGAGCAGGAUACUGAAAGACCAUUUGAAUGCAAGAUUUGCUACCGAAGGUACAAAUCCGCCAGAGACCUCCGCGGUCAUCAACGAUUUGUGUAUUACGAGAAGGUUCACGUUUGUGACACAUGUGGAAAAGGCUUCGCUCAAGAGAACAGUCUGGACGUGCAUAUGGCCACCCAUAAGACGAAAGCGGAAUUUCCUUGUCCGAUCUGUGGGAAGAAGUACAAACACGGAUCCAACGUGCGGAACUGUAUGGUACGUCACGAGCGUCCUAAGCAACAUAAGUGCAAGAUAUGUAACGUAACCUUCCCAGCUGCAUCCAAUCUCUACUCGCACAUGAUUUCCCAUUCCGAAGAUCGUCGCUACAAGUGCGACGUGUGCGGCCAAUCAUUCAAGCGCAGUUUUCACUUACGGAAGCACAUGAACACGCAUACCAGCGAGAAAAACUACCCUUGCAAGUACUGCUCAUCAAAGUUCUGUUCGACCACUGAGCUGUACAAGCACGAGAUUCGCCAUACCGGGAUGUACCCGUAUGAGUGUGAGAUUUGCGACAAAAAGCUUACGACUCGUCAGGUUUUCAUUAAGCACUAUGAAUCGCAUGUCGAGGAAGCGGAAAAAGUGUUCCAGUGCAAUUUGUGCCCGUUGAAAUACAGCCAGGAUCAUUUCCUGUCCAACCAUAUUAAGUACAAACACCGAAUCGAACCGCAGGAUAAGCAUUGGAAUGAUAAAUUCAAUCGAAAGGGCCCCAACAGACUGAAAGGAGGCAUUAGAUGGGCCGGAGUCAGGGGCAAAUACUCCGCUAAUACAUCGCCCCUGGAGGAGGAAAUAGAAAUGUAUGAAGAUGAACAGGUUGAAGUUGAAGCAAUUGAGUCCAUCGAUGAAGUGGAAACCAAGGUGAAUCAUAAGUAGGUUGA